UGAAGACAAAAUCCAAGCGCAGAUGAGGUCCACCUGCUGCCACACCAAAGAGAAACACCAGAAGGAACUCAUUAACUUACAAAUGAAAUAUGAAGACCAAAUUUUCCACCUCAACAUUAAACACGAGUUUGAAAUGCGUUUGGCUGAACUGAAGUUGGAGAAAGCUGAGACAGAGCUUCAAAAAGAAAAGCACCUCAGAUUUGAAAGUGAAUAUAAAAAACUGGAAGCUCUGGAGAUCACACAGGCACUUUCCGACAAACUCCAAAAAUUGGAGAUGUCCAAAGGGUUUUCAGAGAGACGUGAGAUGCAUAAUACUAUCAGAGAGCUGCAAGAAAAGCUAGAAAAAGAAAGAGAGCUGAGGUUGAAAGCAGAGACUACAACCUUUGAACAGUUAGAGGCUUUGUUCGAAGAAACGGACAAAGAUAUUAAGAGAGAGAAAGAUCUUCGAAUCCAAGUAGAGGCAGAAAAACAGAAGGCUACAGAGAUCAUACAGAUACUGUUCAACAAACUAAAAGAUAUAGAGAAAAGAUUUCAGGAGGGUUCAGCUUCUGUGAAACUGGGUGACCUGGACAUAAUGAACCUGGACAUUCAACAACUGGAAGAAGAGCUUCAAGAAAAGAGCAAAGUAGGGCUCCAGGCAGAAAAAUGGAAACUAAAAGAAACUCAGAGCACAUCCAAGGAGGUCGACCAGAAAAAAACUUCAACAUGACAUCCAGCAGCUGGAAACGUUGCUCUAAGAAGAGAAAAGUUUGAGGCUCCAAGCAGAAACUGAAAUCUCUAAUCAUGUAGAAAGCGUCAGCACUUUGUGUCAAGAACUUACCGUAUUUUCACGACCAUAAGGCGCACCGUACUAAAAGGC